GAGAGAGAAACGACGGCUUCAUAUAGGCUAGACUCGCGCCAGACCGAGGUCAGGCAGCCACGCCCCGAGCUAUACGCAAAUAGUCGAACAAGACGGAUGAGGGUGGGUAGCUAGCUCGGUGGGCGGUGGCUGUCAGACCUUUGCUAGCCGCGCCCAGAAGGGCUCGCGACCACCAACCAUGGCGAGGCGGAUCUCGGUCACUAGGAGCCGGCCGGUCAAAGCCACUUUGGGACAUGGUAGAAUUCAUUUAUUUUCCCGCUUCCCGGCUGUGCCACUCCUGCAUGAACCAUUGCGCCGUCGCAUGGGAAUCGGCUGCAUGUGGGGUGUCACCCAGAGUUCGCGUCGAGUCGUCAUUCCCGCUGGGUCACGAUCCUAUUCCGUAGCGAACAGUCCCGGGAUUGCUAGCCGCCUCGGUCUGCGUUCUUUACCCCUCUCAUCCGAGAGCGCGUGCGCCUGUGUGAGUAAAGAUGCGGUGUGUGGGUGGUAUGGCUGGACGUAUGCGCAUCUCCGGAACGGGACGUACGAAAUCGCUGCACCGCUCGGCGGGUGCCAUGUGACGAGCCUGCGUUGCUUUUGGAUGUCUUGCGCCGUUGCACCUCUUUCGUGUUGGUGGCAUUCGAGGUGUUGACGUCCGGUUUCGUACCAAAGUCGCGGCUAGUUGGGCCACUGAGAAGCGAUAGCAGCCCGUAGUGGCGGUGGGUGCCGGUGCUUCAUCACACGCACGCAGCUUUUCCCGCCAAAUGCGCUCUGCGGGUGUGGGUAUGUAGUGAAGGGGGGG